AUGGUGUUGUUAAGAAUUUCUGUCUGUGAGAUCUUUUUUUGCGUGGAUGAGAUGGCACUGGCCAAGUACCUUGGAGUGGACAAGUUGCGGUUCUUUUUGGACACAAUAAAGCAGAAAGGUGGUGUCAAGGCAUCCUUGUACAAUAUGUACAGGGAGGGUGACUUGAAACUGGGCAAGCUGGUUGGAGUGGACGAGUUCGGCAACAAGUACUUUGAGAAUCCGUACUACUUCUUUGGCCGGAAUCGGUGGGUAGUGUAUCCACCGAGAGUUGGAACAGAUUUUGAUGCCUCCAUGAUCACGCCCAAGUGGUACGGAUGGUUGCACCACAAAACCGACCUUCCUCCUACUGUUGAAAAGAGGAAGGACUAUGAAUGGAUCAACAAGGCACCAGCAUGCAACAUGACUGGAACCCCAGAAGCCUACAUGCCCUACAGCACCACUCCUCCCAAAGUUGUGGCUUGGAAACCAUCCAAGAAGGCCUGA